AGGCUGGGCGGCCUAUGAGCGGCGGGGCGGGGCGCGCCGGAGAAGGCUGCGCUACGGGCGGAGUAGGUCGGUGCCAUGGCGGAGAGCGACUGGGACACGGUCACGGUGCUGCGCAAGAAGGGGCCGAGCGCGGCCCAGGCCAAGUCCAAGCAGGCAAUCUUAGCAGCGCAGAGAAGAGGAGAAGAUGUAGAGACCUCCAAGAAAUGGGCCGCAGGCCAAAACAAGCAGCAUUCGAUCACUAAGAACACAGCUAAGCUGGAUCGGGAGACGGAGGAGCUGCACCAUGACAGAGUCCCCCUUGAGGUGGGCAAAGUAAUCCAGCAGGGCCGACAGAGCAAGGGCCUGACACAAAAGGAUUUGGCCACGAAAAUCAAUGAAAAACCACAAGUUAUUGCUGACUACGAAUGUGGAAGAGCAAUCCCCAACAACCAGGUUCUGGGCAAGAUCGAAAGAGCCAUCAGCCUUAAGCUACGUGGAAGGGAUAUUGGAAAACCACUUGAGGCUGGCCCAAAAGGGAAAUGAAAACAAAGCCUCGAAAUCAGUUUGUUCAGACUGAUCUCAUCUGGCUGGUGCUCUUUAACCACCAGAAUCUCUCUUCAUAUUGCCAAGCAGAACAAGGAGGUUUCAGACUUGCUUGGGGGGGAUGGGGACCUGCAGAAUUUCUACCUGCUGUAAAAAGGCAAACUUAAGUGAUUUUCCUGAUUUUUGUUUUUUCCUUUCUCCUUUCCGGAGAUUAAGAAACUAAACCCAAUAAAUACUGCAUCUAAUUUUGCCAGAAAAGUGUGUCUUGGUGUUCAGAACUAGCUAUUGAUCAGACAGUUGGGGUGAUCUGAAGUAGGAUAAUUUAAUUGGAGCAAUUUUAAGGGAGAGUGGGUUGUAAGUAUUUGGGAGAGGUGGGGGUUGGUUAGAGCCCAUAUUGAAAAGGGGUUGGUUUGGGGCACUAUAUUGGAACGACGUUUGUUUGUUCCGUCCAGCCUGUUUUAAAGAGAUGUAUAAUAAAGUUUGUUACCCUUCA